AUGGGAUCCAACUCCGCUAACGUGGAAGAGGCCGUGGCCGAAGACGGUGAAAGCGGGCCCUCGGGCGCCAGCUCACCCUUCGCCCGCCGCGUCUCCUUUGGUGCACAGGCUCUGCGCGACGCCCGUGCAGGCAGUUUGAGCAAUGGUAGAUACCCCUCUCCUGGGUCUCCUGUCUCCAGCGCACGUCGGAAUGCUUCCUCCAUCAGCAGCUCUUCCUCCCCCUACACCCCCACUGCUCCGCUUGCUGCAAGUACCAAAGCUGUCUCCCAGAACGAUAGAUCUAACCCGUCUUGGCGACCACUAGGCGAAGGCUUCAACUGGACCGAAGCGCUCCGGUCCCGGGCUGAGCGAGCCCCCUCCUUGGGUAACAUCUCCCCCAAUGCGCCGCCCGGCCAUCACGCGGCCGCAAUGAGCCCGUCGGGCCACCAUCAACGGGCCGCAUCGAUUGCGACCAUGGAACAGCCUUCCCGCGAGAUGCCGAAGCAGCCCAAGCAGAAUAAGCCGGACUUUUUCCAGGAGAAGAUUCUCCGCGGGGAUUUCAUGGAUUAG